AUGGUGCGCCAUCACAAAUCUCGUCCUCUAGAUGUGCCCUUUGUACCAGAGCUCAUGGGCUCGACUCCUGGGGUACUUGACCCAACGCAAGCCUCACGUUUAUUGCGCAAACCAAACUCAACGCUCUUAUUCGCCUCCUUCGACCCAAAUAUUGCUGUGCCAUAUAAUAUCUCACAACUUGGUAGCAUGUCACUCAACGACAACAACUGUCGACCAAAGAGGAUCGUGAUCGAAACCAUACCUGGUGUCGGAUCCUUCUGGCGCUGGGUGCCGCGUGCACGCCUUAGAGAGCAUAUACAGGACGAAGGGGGGUUCCCGAGAAUGGUUCGCGUUUGUGGAGAACCAUAUAUUAUCUCACAGGACCAGUGGGACAUAUACAAGCUCGAUCCAUUAUAUGACUGCUUCGUCGACGAUUUCUCAUGCCUGAGCGUUAUAACCAAAAAAGAUUCUCCAAGCUAUGGCAGUUAUAGUUCUGACUACUCUUCAACAUGGCCUGAUUCACGAUGGCAAAAACCUUCGAGUGAUGGCCUGAUAGUUGACGACGAUAUGAUGGAAAUCGACGAAGACAUUGCUCACCAGUCGCUUCCCAAACCUCAAUCACGUUCCAAACGGAAAGUAUCCCCUCGUACAUCGUUCUAUUUCAACUUUGGCAAUAACUCAGAUGGAACAUCCCCUUCAACCACUUCAAAGAGGAAUGCCGAUCUAUCCUUUCAAAACCUCCGCAAUCCAGAGGAAGAAGAAAACGAUUACUUUGAUCAGGAUAACCUUCAUCGAAACACUAAGCAAUUUAUCCCGAAGAUUAGAAAACGUGCCAGGACCAUGUCCCCCACAUCUCAACAGCGAGCUGCAAAUGCUCAUAAAACGAAGUGGAAAAACGCGAAGCAAGCAAGAAUGGAUAGGGAAAAGGCAGAGCGUAUACUCCGCCGCGAACAGGAGUUUGAGCGGGAGAUACUAAGAGAUGUCCCCCCAGCGAAUUUCUCGAGCCCUGAUCAUAAAUUCUGCGGCAUUCCUGAGGAAACUGAAGAAGAGAUGAAUGAACCUCAACCUCAACCAAUGCAGGAACCUGAAGAAGAAGAAGUAGUAGUGGAUAACGAGGAGCAAGCAAACGCUCAACGACUUGCUGAAUCACGUCGUAAAAUGGAAGAAUUGAAUGCCGACCGCGAUCGGCAGAGGCAGCGGGAAAAAAUGCUUCGGGAAGAAAGACAAGAAGGCCGCCGGGCCCAAACUGAGGGUCCUAGCCGCGAGCAGAUUAAGCGACAGAAAGUAGAAGAAGAAGAGCUUCGUCGGCAAGCAGAAGCUAAGCAGAAAGAAGAAUUGAAGCAGGCUAGAUUACGACAAGAACAAAUCCGCCGUCGGGCAGAGCUUAUGGCAGGUUUCCAGGAGGAGCGCGAGGCUCGGCAUCGACAAUGGGAUUACGGACGCUGGGAUCGUGCCCGUGCGAUGGAACGUUAUAGACAUGUUGGCCACUUUUUCGACAAAGCAAGAUUCUCCUGUGAAACCUUACCUCUUACGGUGAUAGAUAUCCCUUGGCCGACACUGCGCCAUCCAAGAGAAAAUACACCACGAGACAUGGACUAUGAAACGGUUACUGAUUUCUUUUUAGGUGCCAAAGAAAUUCUACGCGGUCAAGAAUACAAGGAAGUUAUGAAGUCCAGCUUCCAUCGAUUCCAUCCUGAUAGAUGGAACAGUCGAAAUCUUUACAAUGCUGUUCUUGACGAACAAGAAAGAGAGGAAAUACUCACCGGUAAGCAUCUCUUCUAG